AUGCUGAAGUCAAUAAGGCAGGAUGAGCGUCUGUACGUGUGCGAUUUCUCCUUGCUAAUUUUUGACGAGGUUCAUCACUGUGCCAAGGAACAUCCUUAUAACAUUCUCAUGCAAACAAUACAUGACUAUCAAGGACCGAAACCGCAGACUAUGGGCUUGACAGCUUCGCUCGGAGCAGGAGUACUUCUCAAUGAAGAUGCUGGAAUGACGGCAAUCUACGAUCUGAUGGCAAACGUGGGGGCCACGGCUUUGGCAUCAGUCAAGCGCCAUGUUGACAUUCUUGCGCAGUACGUGCCAAAACCAGAUGAU